AAGCGUUAAGUAAACGAGUGCUUAGGCAGAGCCAUAUAUAGGAGGGCAAUUAAGAUGUCUAAACAAAUAAAUGCUGCUAUUAUAGUACGGUAGUAUUUAGGAAAUGCCCAUGCAGACUUGCCAGAAAAGAGUUUAUCAGUAUGCCAAUCUCUGACGCAGAAUUCCCUGACUCCCCGAAUAUAUGGCAUGGCAUCUGUAAGAAGCUCUAGCCCAUUGGAUUUUCCAAUGCUCCCCGCAUUUAUUUCUCCUCUAAGACCCUUUUGACUCUUCUAUGUUUAUUGGGAAUCAGAGAAAUACAUAUUCAGCAGAACAGACAGGCAACAGCCGUUUCCGAUCUCUUUUUUCAUGUAAUUUUAGCCAUAUCCCUCUCUCUCACUCGCUUUACAGAGAAGUUAGAAGAUUAUUUGUCGUUUAAAGAGAAUGGCCGUAAUGGGAACACUGAGGAAAUGGUUGGGGUGGUCACAGAUGGUAGCGAGCAUGUUGGCGGUCCAAGUCUUUGCAACAGGGCAGCAGCUGCUUUCUAAAGUCAUACUGAGUCAAGGAACCUUCAUCUUUGCACUCAUGGCCUAUCGACAUAUAGUCGCUGCUCUUUGUGUUGCUCCUUUUGCUUUCUUCCUGGAAAGAGAUAAUACAAAGAAGCUGACCUGGUCGGCUUGGUUCUGGCUCUUCAUCAAUGCCUUGACAGGGAUAACAGCGGCCAUGGGACUGUUCUAUUACGGUCUUCGAGACACCACAGCUACGUAUUCCACCAACUUCCUCAACAUAAUUCCAAUAGUCACCUUCGUUUUCUCCAUCGUUUUCCGAAUAGAGAAGCUAGGACUAGGCACCAGAGCAGGCAAAAUUAAGAUUGUGGGUGCAAUUUUGUGCGUGGGAGGUGCGCUGACAACUAGUCUCUAUAAGGGAAAAGCAUUCUAUCUCGUUCAUGAUCAUAAUUUUCACAGACCUGCUGCCAUGGACGUAUCCAAGUCUCACUGGACUCGUGGAACUUUCAUGCUUGUUGGUAGUUGCUUGUGCUACGCUACUUGGUAUAUAUUGCAGGUCAAGUUGCUCAAAGUAUUUCCAUCAAAAUACCGGGCAACGCUGAUAACAUGCAUCAUGGCGUCCAUACAAUCAGCAGCAUUAGGCCUGUGCUUAGACAGGCGCAAGGCUGCAUGGAGAUUAGAGUGGAACUUGCAGCUAGUUACCAUAGUUUACUCGGGAGCACUAAGUACCGCUGCAACAUUCUGCUUACUUGCAUUUUCGAUUGCUAAGCGAGGCCCCACUUACGCCCCUAUGUUCAACCCGCUGGCCCUAAUAUUUGUUGCCAUAUCAGAAUCUUUAGUACUUGGUGAAAAGAUAAGACUGGGAAUCGUGCUUGGCACGGUUAUGAUAAUAUUUGGACUGUACUCGUUUUUGUGGGGAAGAAGGAAGGAAACAAAAUGCUUGCCUCAGCCAGAUGCAGGAGCUGAAGAAUUGGCGAAAACAGGUCCUGAAUUUGGAGAGAUGCAGUUGAAGACCAUGGUAAUACAAACUAAUACUUCGCCUGUUAAAAGCGUCUAUGCUAUGGAAGAAGGAGCACUAAAAGAUACUGUAAAACGCUGAAGUCAGUACGAACCCAUUUUUGUGAAGGGUCGACUAAACAAGAAAAUGUAACCAACCCACCUUCUUAAGAAACUAGGCUCUUGAUUCUAGAAAUUUGACAAAUAAAUUCAAGGGUUCUCUUUUAAAUCAA